UAGACUUAACGAUGAAAAGACCAUCCCAAUUACCCCUAUCAGAAACCGUUUGUUUCUCGUUUCUUCUCCAUUGUCAUAGAGGGUUUUCUGGGCUUUUACGGGUACAGCUUUCCGUAGUUUUUACUGAAAAUGGGGUUUUGGACACUAUUAGAAGGGCUUCUGCUAUUUGCGAAUGCAUUAGCGAUACUGAAUGAGGACCGGUUCCUUGCUCCUAGAGGGUGGACAUUGGUAGAACUCCAACGAGGCAGGAGAAAUACACUCAAGGGGCAGAUCAUAGGGCUUAUACAUGCAUGCCAAUUCUUCAGAUUGCCACUCAUACUUUUGAAUAUUGUAACUAUUGUAGUGAAGCUGUUUUCUGGCUGAGGCAAAAGAGAUUUUGCUAUUUUAGACGUUCAAUAUCUGUAUAGUUUGUGAAAUAAAUGUUGCAGAAAAAUUUUCCUGUUCAAGAAUUGUGUGUGAUAAUUGGGUUGAGCCCCAAACAUAUUGAAGUAAAAGAUAACAAUAAGCUAAGUUUAAUCAUCA